UGCCGGGAGACGGCGCCCGGACCCCGCGGGUGCCGCAGCGCGGCUGGGCCAGGCCCCGACCUGCCCCAGCUCCUCUCCCGGGAGGGAGCGGCCGAGGACGCGGCCGGGUCCAGGUCACCCCGAGCUCGCCCGGCCCGGCCGGCGGAGAGAGGCCCCGCGGCGCUGCCGCUACAGCGCCCUCCCUCCGCGGGGUCCCUCGCUCGCCUUCAGGGGAGCGGAGGGAGGGAGCGGAUGGUCCCUCCCGUCACGAUCACCUGCAGACUCAAACUCCCUGCGGACCCCAAGAUCUCCCCGCGGCUCCAGGAGCCGGGGCGGGGCGAGCCGGGCCCUGCCAGGGCGGGGCUGGCGGCGAGGGGCGGCGCCUCAGCGCUCUCCGGGCCGCGCUGGGGUGGGGGGGGGGGCAGGCAGCGGCGGCGGCGGCAGAUCCGGGCCUGGCGGAGGCGGAAGGGGCGGGCGGACGCGGCCUGACUCUGCGGGACGCGCGAUGCUGAUUAUCGUCCUGGAAAACAUCACUCUCUGUAUGUAAAGAAUAUCUGAGUUACUGCAACUGAGUUUAGAAUGUUACUUGACUUGUGAUUCUGAUGGAGGAAUAACCAGAUCUCAGGCAGCUGCACUGGAAGACUUUACAGGAAAUACAAAAUGUCAUCGAAUAGGAGUCAGAACCCACAUGGACUUAAACAGAUUGGUCUUGACCAGAUAUGGGAUGACCUAAGAGCUGGAAUUCAACAGGUUUACACCAGACAAAGUAUGGCAAAAUCCAGAUACAUGGAACUCUACACUCAUGUUUAUAACUACUGUACUAGUGUACACCAGUCUAAUCAAGCACGGGGAGCUGGAGUACCUCCUUCUAAAUCGAAAAAGGGCCAGACACCUGGAGGUGCCCAGUUUGUUGGCUUGGAAUUGUACAAACGGCUAAAAGAAUUUCUGAAGAACUACUUGACAAAUCUCCUUAAGGAUGGUGAAGAUUUGAUGGAUGAGAGUGUGCUGAAAUUCUACACUCAACAGUGGGAAGAUUACAGGUUUUCAAGCAAAGUCUUGAACGGGAUAUGUGCCUACCUCAAUCGACAUUGGGUUCGUCGUGAGUGCGAUGAAGGUCGUAAAGGAAUAUAUGAAAUUUAUUCACUUGCCUUGGUGACCUGGAGGGACUGCUUAUUCAGGCCAUUAAAUAAGCAGGUAACAAAUGCUGUGUUGAAAUUGAUUGAAAAGGAAAGAAAUGGCGAAACUAUCAAUACAAGGCUGAUCAGCGGAGUUGUACAAUCUUACGUGGAGCUGGGGCUGAAUGAAGAUGAUGCAUUUGCAAAAGGACCUACACUAACAGUCUAUAAAGAAUCCUUUGAAUCUCAGUUUCUUGCUGACACAGAGAGAUUUUAUACACGAGAAAGUACUGAAUUCUUGCAACAGAACCCAGUCACAGAGUACAUGAAGAAGGCUGAAGCUCGCCUUCUUGAGGAACAGCGUAGAGUUCAGGUCUAUCUCCAUGAGAGCACACAGGAUGAGUUAGCACGAAAAUGUGAACAAGUACUUAUUGAAAAGCACCUGGAGAUAUUUCACACGGAGUUUCAGAAUUUGUUGGAUGCAGACAAAAAUGAAGACUUGGGUCGCAUGUAUAACCUUGUAUCUCGAAUCCAGGAUGGCCUCGGAGAGCUGAAAAAACUUUUGGAAACCCACAUUCAUAAUCAGGGUCUAGCUGCAAUUGAGAAAUGUGGAGAAGCUGCUCUAAAUGAUCCAAAAAUGUAUGUACAGACAGUGUUGGAUGUCCAUAAGAAAUACAAUGCUUUAGUCAUGUCCGCAUUCAACAAUGAUGCUGGCUUUGUGGCUGCACUAGACAAAGCCUGUGGUCGAUUUAUAAAUAAUAAUGCAGUGACAAAAAUGGCUCAAUCAUCCAGUAAAUCCCCAGAGCUACUGGCACGAUACUGUGACUCUUUACUAAAGAAAAGCUCAAAGAAUCCAGAAGAAGCAGAACUGGAAGAUACACUCAAUCAAGUGAUGGUUGUCUUCAAGUACAUUGAGGAUAAAGAUGUGUUUCAAAAAUUCUAUGCUAAAAUGCUGGCAAAAAGACUUGUACAUCAGAACAGUGCUAGUGAUGAUGCUGAGGCAAGCAUGAUCUCUAAGCUAAAACAAGCUUGUGGUUUUGAGUAUACCUCCAAGCUGCAGCGGAUGUUCCAAGAUAUUGGUGUAAGCAAGGACUUGAAUGAGCAGUUUAAAAAGCACCUGACCAAUUCAGAACCAUUAGAUUUGGAUUUCAGCAUCCAGGUGCUGAGUUCUGGAUCGUGGCCAUUCCAGCAGUCCUGCACGUUUGCUCUGCCAUCUGAGUUAGAACGGAGCUAUCAGAGAUUUACUGCAUUUUAUGCCAGUCGUCAUAGUGGAAGGAAAUUAACAUGGUUGUAUCAGCUGUCGAAAGGGGAAUUGGUUACCAACUGUUUCAAAAACAGAUACACGUUACAGGCAUCCACAUUCCAGAUGGCGAUUUUACUGCAGUACAACACAGAAGAUGCCUACACCGUGCAGCAACUGACAGACAGUACCCAAAUAAAAAUGGAUAUCUUGGCACAAGUUCUACAGAUACUCUUGAAAUCCAAAUUGCUUGUUUUGGAAGAUGAAAAUGCAAAUGUUGAUGAGGUGGAGUUAAAACCAGAUACCUUAAUAAAACUGUAUCUUGGUUAUAAAAACAAAAAAUUAAGGGUAAACAUCAAUGUGCCAAUGAAGACUGAACAGAAGCAGGAGCAAGAAACUACACACAAAAACAUAGAGGAAGAUAGGAAACUACUGAUUCAGGCUGCUAUUGUGAGAAUCAUGAAAAUGAGGAAGGUUCUAAAACACCAGCAACUGCUUGGAGAAGUGCUAACACAGCUGUCCUCAAGGUUCAAGCCACGAGUUCCAGUAAUUAAGAAAUGCAUUGACAUCCUGAUUGAGAAGGAGUACUUGGAACGUGUAGAUGGUGAGAAGGACACCUACAGUUACCUGGCUUAACAUUUUUAUUAGCAAUUACUUGACUGUGUGACACUCGGCAAGUAGGUAUGUGAUGGAAAGAACGAAAGCAACGGAACUUCAUAGCAGCCACCCUGCUGCCAUUUGGACCUCCCUUUUUAAUACCUGAGACCAGGACUCCCAUCAGCCAGUCUCAGAUUUACAUCAGAACUGCUCAGGAUUGAUACAUUUCAAGUAUGUAAAUAUGGACACCAAUGCCAUUUAACCUAAUUUAAGAACAGAAAGGAAUCAAACCCUUCUCCUUUAAGGGUUGCAUGCUACUGCAUUUAAAUCAAUACAUUGGCUAUAGGAUAAACAGCUGCCAUCCCAGGCAGCACUUAGAAAUGUUGGCAGCACUUUGAGAGCGAGUCUGAAUGGACCCAUGUGUAAUCUGCUAUGAAAACCCAUUUGUAUAGUGUGUUUCAUUUUUUAAUGUGUGAUAAAUAAAAAAACAAAAAACAAAAAAUUAAAAGAUUUCUGUACAAGUUGCA